UACACAAAAAGUUGUUAAAUCCAUUUGGCAGGAAAGUUUCUAUCAAUUUACACGAUCAACUUGUUAUACGCUACACGCUGGACAAAUUAAAUAGAAAAAAGCGUUUAUAUUCGGUGGGGGAAAGGAAAAUUAAUCCUCCUGGAAUCCAUCCAAGUGAGAUUCACUUGGCUUGCGUAAAGUUAGUCACGAAAUCGUUAUCGUCUGUUGUGUGCGUGGGCCAUUGGCUAUGACCGCUGAGGACUGAAGGAUAAGACUGUCUGUUUACAGUCAAGGGUAUCGGAUGAUUUAUGUUUCGCUCGUACUAAACGUUCUGUAUUGGUUUCCGUUUGUUGACACAUUCAUUUAAUAUUUAAUUUAAUUUAUGUUUAUUAUUAUUUUAGGAUGUUAUUCACUCCUUUCCUGAGCAACAGAGUAUAUGGUGUAUUUUUCUUUGCAAGGUAUUUAAAUUAAUGUAUGCAGAAAAUAUUCACCGUGGGCAGCAAAAGUGUGGCUUUACGAUAAAUCAUGGUCAGAUAUAAUUUAUUCUACCGAUUGUAGCGAUGAGGCACAAUUUCAGUAUUUGCAAUACCGAGAUACAUCGGAAACGGGUGUAAAACGGCGUAUUUGAAAUUGAACAUUCCAAGCAAAUCUUUACACCGUUACGCGCAUCGUUCUACCAGGAAGCGCAUGAUCUUCACAAUCGCUACUAAUCAUCUGUGAUACUACUGCUUGGAUUGUUUGCAUACGGCAAGGUAAAGAAGCGAAAUGUCGUCCGGUGGAAACAUAUACGCCAUCAGCACGGAACGGUUCCGUGCGAAGGUGGUCAACGUUCCACUUUCGUUGGGCGGCAUUAAUACGGGAGGCGGUGGAAGCGGCAGUAGCAGUAGCAGCCUUAUGUCCGGCAGUGAUGCGGCCGCUACCGGUUCGCCAAUAACCGCAACACCGACGGAUGCAUUAGCAGUCGAUGAUCGGAUCGACAUCGAGCCCGGUAUGACACUGCAGAUCGUCGAACAACCGUCGAGCAAGAUCGCGUUGAUCAAGAUAAAAGAUUUUUACGGCACGGCGACAGCGAACAACCGCGCUGGCGGAACACCGAGUACAGUGAACAGUGUACAGACCAAUCCCUACGAGAACCGAAUAUUUCAAUGCCAAGCGGCAAACCUGCAGCGGAUCCCUUCCGACAUAUGGCCGUACAUCAUCGCGAUACUGGAUCCACUGGAACGGUGCGAGUUUGCGAAACGGCCGAAACUAUUUGGUUCGGUGAAACAGCUCCGCACCGGCGACAUUGUGAUGGUUUCGUGGCUGGCCAAAAAUCGGCACGUAACAUACGAUUGCAUUAUACGUUACGUGGGACCGGUACCGAAAAUCGGACCCGGUUACUACUUUGGACUCGAGCUACUGAAUUUAGAAAAUGGUGAAUCACCACAAAAAGAUGACAUCGAUUUUGUAUCCGACUACAUGAACUGUGAGCCGCGGUUAGCAUUGAUUGUAGCAGCAAAUUGGAUCAAAUUUCCCGAACACGAAGCUUCCGGCAAGCAGCAUCACCAUAAGCGCAACCUGUUGGACAGUUUAGUGUGCGGUGCCAGAGAUCUUAACAAUCGCUUAUCGCGACGAACUGGCAGCAGUAGCAAACAUUCCGCUGACGACGCAUCGAGCAAAGGUGGUGCUGUUCGCAGUGGGAAAAUCAUCAACGGUGAAUACCCACCUUACGCACGAUCGUAUACGCCCGAUCUGACGAGCAGCAGUGUAGGAGGAUCGAACCGAAAGUCUACCGACAUCGGUACACUGUACGAUAGUUUCAGCUGUCUGCAGAUGGACCCGGCCGGCACGAAGGCAAUGCACCAUAAGAAAAUUGCAGCAUCCAUUUCCAGCCCGAAUCUGUCGAAGCAAGAUAGUAGCAGCAGUACGGGAAGCUCCGGUCGGUACGUGAACAGCCAUCCGAUGGAUAGCUACGGGGAUGAGUAUCACCGAUUUGUCGAGCAUGGUCAGCAGCAUCAGCAUCACCACCAUCAUCAUCUCGCGGACGAAGCGUAUCGUAGCUCGGGCCGUAGCUCGCAGAACAGCUCGAACAGUAGCACGCUAAAGCAUUCCAAGGCACGGUCGGGAAAGGUGGCUCGCUCGUCCGGCUCAAACUCAUCCGUAAACAGUGCUGGUGGCGGAGGAUAUCAUUCUGUUAGCAAGCAGAGUACGAUCCUCAGUUUACCCGAUCGUGAUGUGGUGGUGAUUGAUUCGAACGAGAUCGAUGAAGCGAUCAAGAACGCGAGUGAUGUGAUCGUGGUCGAUCCACCGCCCGUACUCAGCCCAACCGAAAACAGGGAGGUGGAGCUGAUGGAUCUAUUGGGCAGUAGCAGCUGGCCGGCGGAAGCCGGUGAAGUGGCCGCCAUACUGUCUGGGAGCAGCAGUGAUAAGAAGACUCAAACUCCUUCCACGACAUCGUUGGCGUCUGGGUUGGCGUACGGGAACGGUUUGGCAACGGGUACGGGAUACAACACCAGCGGCAGUACUAGUAGCAAUAGUACGGCCAACAGCAAUCACAGCUAUCAUAGUCACAACGGGUCUACGACAGCCGCACGUUACGAGCGGAAUAAAUCGCUUAAUCCUCUGGCACACAUCGGCAGCCCGAAACCUGUUGAAACGCUUGCGUCUGGUUCGCGAAAAGUUCGGACAGGCGAUUCAAAACCUACCACCGUGGAUGUGGCAACAAUGACGAAACUAAACGACGGAUCGGCGACUGGAGGCUACAUCACAUCGAACGGUAUUGGACCGGCGGCAGUAUCGAAUGGCAAUGAUAGUAACGCAACGAUCAAUGCCAACGGUUUACUCCCUCGCAUUGGUUCCAUAUCGCCAGAAUCGGACCACGGUGGACCACCGGCCGUAUCACCGCUACAGGAACUUCCGAACGAUCCUUCGCUCGGUGUCGGUUCGAUGGUGGAGGUAACGCUGGAUGUGUAUGAUACUUCCGGUUCAACGCCCGCAACGACAGAUCCCCUACUGUACGGUGUUAUACGCUGGAUUGGACCACUGCCAACACCGGGCAGUGGCAGUAACCAUCGUAAGGUGAUGGUUGGUGUCGAGCUGGAAGAUGAACCAAUCGAUCCGACGCUCGAAACGACCAACGGAACGCACAACGGUGUGAGGUUAUUCAAAUGUCCUGCCAAUCGUGCAAUAUUUGUGCAUACGAGCCAAUGUAGUCGCGACCGGCGGUUCCAGGACAUACCGCCCAUGUCACCGUGCACUUCGCGAACAACGCAGGUAUCGUCCGCGGGCAGCAAAACCGACACCACCAUGUUUGGAAAGGUCGACUGUCCGGUAGUGAAGGGAAGGAUGCCACCAUUGAAAAUUCUAAAACUGGAGGAACUGGAAGAAAUUUGUGGCAAGUUCAAGGGCAUACAGGGACAUCAUAACUCCUGCUACCUAGAUGCAACUCUCUUUGCGAUGUUUACCUUCACCAGUGUAUUCGAUUCGUUGCUGUUCCGGCCUAAAGAACCUGAGGAUAAUCCUCAGUACGAGGAAGUGCAGAGAGUUCUGCUGGAAGAGAUCGUUAACCCAUUGCGCAAGAAUCACUUUGUGCGGGCAGAUCGGGUACUUAAGUUGCGUCAGCUGCUCGAUCGACUAAGCUCCGUUACGGGGCUGAUGAGUGAAGAGAAAGAUCCGGAAGAGUUUCUUAACAGUUUGCUGGCCCAAAUCCUUCGUGCUGAUCCAUUUUUGAAGCUAAGUUCCGGACUGGACACGUUCUAUUAUCAGCUGUUUGUGGAAAAGGACGAACGUUUGAACUUGCCCUCGGUACAGCAACUGUUCGAGCAGAGUUUUUUGGCGUCCAACAUAAAGCUGAAGGAAGUGCCGUCCUGUUUAAUCAUCCAGAUGCCCCGAUUCGGGAAAAACUUCAAGAUGUAUCCGCGCAUUCUUCCGUCCCAGGUACUGGACGUUACGGAUAUCAUAGAGGAUUCUCCACGUCAGUGCUGGGUUUGUGGAAAGCUAGCUGAGUACGAAUGUCGCGAGUGUUUCGGCAAAAUGCAAUGCGAAGGACUGGAGGGUACGGCAAUCUGCAAAAGCUGCAUCGACAGCGUUCAUCACCACAGCAAGCGGCUGAACCAUAAACCGGUGCCACUAUCGGUACCGCAAGAUUUCAUCCCGAUGGCUCCACACUGCGAAGUGCCUCGACUGUACAUGGAGCUCUUCGCAGUCGUAUGCAUCGAAACGUCCCAUUACGUAGCGUUCGUUAAGGCUGCCUCCGGUCAGGAUGCUCCCUGGUGUUUCUUCGAUUCCAUGGCUGAUCGUAAUGGUGAGCAAAACGGCUAUAAUAUUCCAAAAAUGGUUCCGGUACCGGAUCUACCCCGUUGGCUAACGGAGGAAGGUUCGCGGGCGUUAAACGAGGAGGCAGUCAACGAUAAAAUGUUACCUGAGCAUGCCAAGCGAUUACUGUGCGAUGCGUACAUGUGCAUGUACCAAAGCACGGACGUCAUGAUGUACCGAUAAAUGAGAAUUUGGGUCCAUUUCUGUGUCACAUGGUCAUAAUUAAUAACAGAACCAAAUCCAAUCCAACUUUGUUUCGAUCCCAAUCAACUUAAAUACUGAUUGCGUUGAAAGGUACAGUCAAGUUAAAAUGGUGUCAAUGGUUUACUUAAUGUCUAGUUGGAAUUUCAAAAAAAAAAACUUUCAAACUCGCAAGUGUUGAACAGUUUUGUGCAUUAAGAGUAACGAACGAACGAGCCACUGAGCCAGAACUAUGGACCAAAACAGCUUUGGAAUGGGAAUGAAAGGUAAAGGAAGUGAAAUUGACACCGCCAAGAGAUUCGUUGUUGUUGAACGGUUUUUGGAAAACACAUUAGCUGAAUAGACACACGUAUAUAUAAAGCAAAUGCUACAUAUUUCCAUCAACUUACCUAUUGUACUACUUUUUCUGCUAGUAACGUUGAAGAAAGGAAGAAAAUAUGCUUUAGUGUUAAGCCGAUAUAUGCUAGUGAGAGGCCUGGUUAAAAGUUCUUUAAUAUAUAUAAAAAAAUUGAACAAAGUGCGUAAAACUAAACACUGGACGCAGAGUAAAAAGUAAACGAAACGAAAUUAGAUGAAAACCAAGCAAGAAUCUAAAGAGAAUAUACUUAUACAUCUAUACAUAUAUAAACGAAAGAAAUGAAAUAAUAUAUGUAUACUAUAUUAUAUAUAUUUAUACAUUAUACAAGUAGGAAAACAAAAAGAAAAUUGGCAAUCGAACGUGUUAUGAACGGCUUCAGAGAAAACUAUACUUUAGAAGUAUGUUGAAGAACUAGAAAAAAAACUGGGAACUAUCUCUACUAUGCAGUAGCAGCGAAACGGCCGGGAUAUAGUUAUUGCGCGAAUAAUUUAAAUAAUAAAAUAAUAAUAAAAAAUAGUGCUAAACGUAAAA